AUUUUUAUCGCGCACCUGUCAAGAGCGUGUGGAUGACCCAGACGAUUUACGUAGUUACAGGAAGUAGAAUACAUUUGUCUGUCUGCAGUCUGGUAGUUGAUGUGACUUUCUUCUUCUUCUUUCUUCUUAUUUUAGUCUGUCAUUAGAAAAUGGAGAUGAGUUGGUGACAGUAAGCUGAUAUGGGUGCUGCUGCUGUGAGGAGUCAACAAGGCACACAUGUGUUCAUGUUUUCUCCAAUGCCAGGACAACGAGGAACAACAAACACACAAUUUACCUCAAACGCUCAUCCAUCUAAUUCGCCAAAAGAUAUGGCAUGUGAAGCAUGUAAUGUGAAUUUUAAUAUCUUCAAAAGAAAGAAAAUUUGUCGAGAGUGUGAAAGAUGUUUUUGUUCAAAUUGUGUACAUAGAUUAUCACUAAAAGGACAGAAUAAAGAGACAUUUCGUCAGUGUAAGAAAUGUCGUAUCUUACUGACUGGUACCUUUACACGACAGGAACUUGUUAAGUGGAAAGUUAAGGAUUUAAAAUGUUUGCUAAUGAAACGAAAUAUUUCUACCGAUGGUUGUAGAGAAAAACAGGAACUAAUUGAUCUCAUUGUGAUAAAUUUUGGUCACAUGACUCGGAAUGAUGACGUAGAAGAAAGAAGUGAUACUGAAAGUGUAAUAUCAGUAGAUAACCCAGGUCAGACACCAAGACCACCUCAGUCAUCUUCCGUCCCGACCAAUGGUGGAAUACCCGGUCAGGUUCCUCAGAGGACCACUUCACCCAGACAGGAAACAGAUGAAGAUAGGACAGCAAGGUUACGACAAAGACAACACGAAGAAUUGAGACAAUCAGAGGAGGUUCUACGUCCAGUAAUCAAUGCUGAUCCUGAUCAUUCAAAAGAGAAAAAGGAUCCUAACCAGACCAAAAGAAUGAAUAUAAGUGAUAUAGAGACUUUAGAAGCAAUAGACAAUCUUAGUGUGAAGGAAAUGAAAGAAUUAUUAUUUAGAAGUUUUGUUGAUUACAAAGGUUGUGUAGAGAAAGAGGAACUAAAGAAUAAAGUCAUAAGAUUAUGGAAGGAACAUAAAAAUAAUGAAGAAAAGGCCAAAAAGAUGGCAGAUGAAGGCAAUGGUGGAACCAGUAAUGGUAAAACCCCUGAAGAUGAAGUUUGUAAGAUCUGUAUGGAUGCGAUGGUAGAUUGUGUGCUGUUAGAAUGUGGUCACAUGGUCUCCUGUACAGAAUGUGGUAAAAGACUUUCAGAAUGUCCAAUAUGUAGACAGUAUGUGGUCAGAGUUGUCCGUACAUUUAGAAGUUAGGUCAUAUAAAGAUUUUUAGCUUCUCAUGCCAAAAUUAAACGUUUCACUUCAAGCAAGGUGGGCUUUUUUGUUUGUUUUUUCUUCUUUGGAAAGUAUUUUUGAUACAAAUAAAUACACACAAUUUGGUCAUAUGCUUUUAAAUUUAUUUCCACAUCACGUUUCAAUUUAAAAUUUCAAUCAAUUAAAAAAUUGAGUAAUUUUAUACCUAAUCGUGAUUUAUAAUUUUGAAACAGUCAUGAAAUGUGAAAGAAUUAUUAGAAUUUUUUGAAUUUUGUAAAAGUAACGUAAACAGACAGAACUGGUACUAGAAACAUAAAUCGGGACCAGAGAAGCUAAUAAAUAUUUACGGCCUUAAAGCAAUUUGAUAAACAUGUAGAUUGUUUUGAAAAAUCAAAAAAAUUAUGACUCAGGGAGUCAAAUUUUAUAUCUUGUUAAUGAAUAGUACAUAAUGUUAUUGUAAAUGUACCUUUUGUUGAAUUUUAACAGUAUACAUUGUUUCUGUAUAGUUUUCAAGAUUUUGUAGUUUGAGUAUGUUUUACCAAUUAUUUUUUUUCAGUAUUUGAAAAGAUUAAGUAUUAUAAAUGAAUGUCUUUUUUUCUAUCACAUUUUUUUUUAACCUGCCUCUUAUCUUGGAAUAUCAAUUCUGACAAUUUUAUCAAAGAAAAUAACUUUUAAAUAAAAAGUUGUAAUUUUUGCUUCUUUCAUACCCAAGAAGGUUGUCCAUUUAUAAAUUCAUAGAUAAAAAUAAUUAUUUAAUCUAAAUAUAUCACUUUUAAAUUUAUUUUUUGUAGAAAAAUUAAACAAAAGCAUAGAAUAGUGCAAAUUUUGUGUCUGUUAAUGUUUAUACUUUCAGACUUAUUACACAUAAAUCUGUAUAUCAACAAUAUACUGCAUUCAAGGUUGUCAAAUUUUACUUUUGAUGUAAUGAUGCUUUUCCUGUCAGAAGCAAAAUUUAAAUUUCCACUGAUGCUUAAGAGAUUUUAUUUGCGGUAUAUUUUGUUCUUUAACUUAUUGUUAAGUUUGUGAUAGACAAAUAUACCUCAUUGUUAAAUUUGCUUUAUUAAGGUCAUGUAAAUGCACAUUUGUGUAAAGUAAAUAGAAUGAAGAAUUUACAGCAAAUAUUCUUAAGUGUGUACAUAGGACAAUGAUGUUAAGUUUUGUUUGCUUCCAAGGUGGACAAUGAAAUUAAAACUGGAAAUUAGCAAAAAAUAUAAAAUAUGGCAUGAAAAUAAAGAAUAUAAAUAAAAAAUGGGGUGGCAAAAUAGAAAGAAUAGAGAAUAAUGGGGAAAAAUACAAAGAAAAAACAUCCACACUCAUGGUUCACCUAGUAUACACAAAAGUAAAAAUUAAUUUAUGCUCUCAAUAUGUUUAGCUGUAACAUGGUGCAACAUAACAUAGAAUAUUAAAGAAGUUUAAGAUUAAGGAUGAUGUUGUUAUUGAUACAUGUAUGUUGGAAAAACAUUGGAUGCAUAAGAUUAUGCUUGUUCAUGUUUGAUGUUUUAGACAGUUUUGUUGCAGUAAGAUUGUGACUGUUUUGUUGUUGAAAGCUGAUUGGAAAAAUCAUGUUGUGGAAAACUGUUUGUGAGAGAUUAUAAGUUUAAAAAUCGAAAUUUUCAAUGAAAGCACCAAAUUUAAUACUAGAAUUGUAAAAAAAACUUUGGUGAAACAGACUAGACUUUUAUUGAAAUUUAAAUACAUGUAUAUAGGUUAUCUUGAAACAAACAUACAUUUUUUCUUGGCCUUAGCAAUGAGAAUACAAUCACAGCAUUGUGCCAAAUUUUGAGUAUGUUAUUCUUUUUUUUAAAUAAACUUAACAUUUUAUGAUUUUUAAAUUAGUGUAUGCCUAGAAUGGUAAAUCAAUCAUUUAACGCCAGCUUUUCAUGAGAAUGAAGGCAAGUUUGUCAAAAUUUGUUUGUAAAAGACAGUAUCUUGAAAUAUUGUUUCUAAUCUUAAUAUAUGCUUAAACAUCUUAUAUGUUGCUUUUAAGUUUAAUAGUUAAAUAGUUUAAGCUAGGAUUUUCAAUAUACAUAAUUUUUAGUAAAUCUGAAUGCUGUAAAUUCAUUGCUACAGUAUAGCCAUGUUUUUAACAAUUUUACAUUUGCAUAUGUGAAAGAGAAAUACAUUUUUCAUCCAUUACACAGCACACAUACUGGUAGAUUAUUAUUUGUGACACAGUUUCCUGUGAUAUUUAUGUAUAAAUUUGUUACUUUUUUGUUUUAUUUUAUAUAUUUAUU